AUGAAAACAUUCUCUCCCACACCGAUGAGAUCGGUCCUUCAGGUGACUACCCGGCCGAGGCUCGGACCCCUGGGACAUAGCAGUCAGCUCCCAAGUCGGCUGUCGAAGCGGUCAAGCCAACGCUAUGCUCGGGCGGCACAGAUGUUCCCGCCCCAGCCAAAAAAGGUCCUGAAUCUAGUACUCCGACGACCGGCAUGGUCUUCCCACAGAAGCUACAACAACAAUAGCUACGGCUACUACACUCCCGAAUCAUUCUGGGUGCGCAACAAGCCAAACAUAGUCGUCGGAAGUAUCAUUGGCUUCUGCUGCGUUACAUAUUAUUACAAAUGGACCGCCGAAAACCUGGCAGCCAAGGGCAACCACGCCCGUGCAGACCUGAUCCGACGGAACUUCGUCAACUCAGGGGAGAACCUCAGAGAAGGACGUUGGUGGGUAAUGAUCAGUAGCUCGUUCGCCCAUGGCAACCUGAUACAUCUAGGCUUCAGCGUGCUACCCAUAUGGGGUUUUGGACGUCCUCUUGUCGGACUACUCGGUGUGCCCUGCUUUAUGGGAUUGUGCGUGAUUUCCGCAGUCUCCUCUUCGAGAGCCUACAUCUAUUGGGAGGACACGAAGGAAACACUGCGUAAAGAGAUGUUCAACCGACGCUGGGACAAGCUCAAGGACCCCAGAGUCCUGGGUAUACAAAUCAGCAAGGAAAGGGCCCUGGCAAUAUCCGGCAGUGGCGGUGCUAACUACGGAGGGAGUCAAGGUGCCUCAGGGAUCGCUUGCGGUCUGACCGGUGCAUGCGUGUGCAUCAUGCCGUGGGCGUGGACUUCAAUCUUCUUCAUCCUUCCUAUGCCUCUCUGGGCUGGCGAAACGCUCCUCACGAUAGCAACUGUGGUGGGCAUGGCAACAGGCUACGCCCCCAUAGUCGGGCACGCCGGGCAUUUGGGCGGAACCGCAGUCGGCAUUGCAUACUACUAUGGAAUUGCGCGGCCCUGGCUUCGGAGGACUGGGAGAUUCUAA